GGUGCUGUACGUCCAAGAUGGCGGCGCCCUGUAGGCUGGAGGAACUGUGAGUGACCAUGAAAGACACCAGGUUGACAGCACAGAAAACUAAAGUACCAAUUGUCCCCAGAACAGUCUGGUCGUGUCACCAGUGAAGAACCUUCAAAGUCUUUAAUGUGCGUCCUGAAGCAGCAGAGCACAUUCGUGUCAGACAAUGGCCCAGCAAGCCAAUGUUGGGGAGCUCCUCUCCAUGCUGGACUCCCCGCUGCUGAGUGUGCGUGGCGACGGAACAGCCGUCUUUAAAGAGAAUCUCAGUUCUGACCGUGGUCCGAUGCUUGUGAACACCUUGGUGGAUUAUUACCUGGAAACCAACUCUCAGCCUGUAUUGCACAUCCUGACUACCUUGCAAGAGCCCCAUGAUAAGCACCUCUUGGACAAAAUGAAUGAAUAUGUGGGCAAGGCCGCCUCUCGGUUAUCCACCCUCUUGCUACUGGGCCACGUCGUGAGGCUGCAGCCGUCAUGGAAACAUAAGCUCUCUCAAGCACCUCUUUUGCCUUCUCUACUAAAAUGUCUCAAGAUGGACACCGACGUCAUUGUCCUCACAACAGGAGUCUUAGUGUUGAUAACCAUGCUCCCAAUGAUUCCACAGUCGGGGAAACAGCACCUUCACGAUUUCUUUGAUAUUUUUGGCCGUCUUUCGUCAUGGUGCCUGAAGAAACCAGGCCACGUGACAGAAGUCUAUCUCGUCCACCUCCAUGCCAGCGUUUACGCUCUCUUCCAUCGCCUGUAUGGGAUGUACCCUUGCAACUUUGUCUCCUUUCUGCGUUCUCACUACAGUAUGAAGGAAAACCUGGAGACUUUUGAAGAAGUGGUCAAGCCAAUGAUGGAGCAUGUGCGAAUUCACCCAGAAUUAGUGACUGGAUCCAAGGACCAUGAACUGGACCCUCGAAGGUGGAAGAGAUUAGAAACACAUGAUGUUGUCAUAGAAUGUGCCAAAAUCUCUCUGGACCCUACAGAAGCCUCAUAUGAAGAUGGCUAUUCUGUGUCUCACCAAAUCUCAGCCCGUUUUCCUCAUCGUUCAGCCGAUGUCUCCGCCAGCUCUUAUGUUGACACACAGAAUAGCUAUGGGAAUGCUGCUUCUACCCCCUGCUCUCCUUCUCGGCUGACGUUAAACACGCCAGGGCAGCUACCUCAGACUCUGAGUUCCCCGUCAACACGGCUAUUAGCUGAGCCGCCACAAGCUACUCUUUGGAGCCCGUCUGCAGUUUGUGGGAUGACCACUCCUCCAACUUCUCCUGGAAAUGUCCCACCUGAUCUGUCACACCCUUACAGUAAAGUCUUUGGUACAACUGGUGGGAAAGGAACUCCUCUGGGAACCCCUGCAACCUCUCCUCCUCCAGCCCCACCCUGCCAUUCGGACGACUACGUGCACCUUUCACUCCCGCAGGCCACUGCCCCCAAGAAGGAAGAGAGAACAGACUCUGCAAGGCCCUGUCUACACAGACAACCCCAUGUUCCGAAUGACAGAGGAUUAGAAGAGCUGCACGGAGGCAAGGAAUCUGUCACUCUCAGUGAUCUUCCAGGGUUUUUAGGCGACCUGGCUUCUGAAGAAGACAGUAUUGAGAAGGAUAAAGAAGAAGCGGCCAUAUCUAAAGAGCUGUCUGAGAUCACGACGGCCGAUGCCGAGCCCCUGGUUCCUCGAGGAGGCUUCGACUCGCCCUUCUACCGGGACAGUCUGCCGGGCUGCCCGCGGAAGACCCUCUCAGCUUCCUCCAGCACUCAGGGCCCCAGUGCGAACCCUGAGCCUUUAAACUCCUCCCUGGACAAGUCGGGGCCUGACACACCAAAGCAAGCCUUUACGCCCAUAGACCUGCCCUGCGGAGGCACCGGGGAGAGCCCUGCCGGGAACAGGGAGCGCCAGGCCUCCCUGGAGGCCAGCAUCCUCACCCCCAGCCCCUGUAAAAUUCCACCUCAGAGGGGAGUGGGGUUUGGCAGUGGGCAGCCUCCCCCAUACGAUCAUCUUUUUGAGGUGGCAUUGCCAAAGACUGCCCAUCAUUUUGUCAGCAAGAAGACGGAGGAACUGCUCAAGAAGGCAAAGGGAAGUGCAGAGGAGGACUUCACGCCCUCCGCCUCCCCCAUGGAAGUGCUGGACAGGCUGAUUCAGCAGGGAGCAGACGUGCACAGCAAGGAGCUCAACAGGUUGUCUUUACCCAGCAAGUCUGUGGACUGGACCCACUUCGGAGGCUCUCCUCCCUCAGAUGAGAUCCGCACCCUCCGUAACCAGUUGCUUUUACUGCACAACCAGUUACUCUACGAGCGUUUCAAGCGGCAGCAGCACGCGCUGCGCAACAGGCGGCUCCUGCGCAAGGUGAUCCGGGCCGCGGCUCUGGAGGAGCACAACGCUGCCAUGAAAGACCAGUUGAAGUUGCAAGAGAAAGACAUCCAGAUAUGGAAGAUUAGUCUGCAGAAAGAACAAGCCAGGUACAAUCAGCUUCAGGAGCAGCGAGACACAGUGGUCACCCAGCUCCAUAGCCAAAUCAGACAGCUUCAGCACGACCGGGAAGAGUUCUACAACCAGAGCCAGGAGCUACAGACGAAGCUGGAGGACUGCAGGAACAUGAUUUCAGAACUGCGCGUGGAACUGAAGAAGGCCAACAGCAAGGUGUGCCACACCGAGCUGCUGCUCAGCCAGGUGUCCCAGAAGCUCUCAAAUAGUGAGUCGGUCCAACAGCAGAUGGAGUUCUUGAACAGGCAACUGUUGGUUCUUGGGGAAGUCAACGAGCUAUAUUUGGAACAGCUGCAGAACAAGCAUUCAGACACCACCAAGGAAGUAGAAAUGAUGAAGGCUGCUUAUCGGAAAGAGCUAGAAAAAAACAGAAGUCACGUUCUCCAGCAGAAUCAGAGGCUUGAUACCUGUCAGAAGCGGAUUUUGGAACUGGAAUCUCAUCUGGCUCAGAAAGACCACCUUCUUUUAGAACAGAAAAAGUACCUAGAGGAUGUCAAGCUCCAGGCAAGAGGACAGCUACAGGCUGCAGAGAGCAGGUAUGAGGCCCAAAAGAGGAUCACCCAGAUGUUUGAAUUGAAGAUCUUAGAUUUAUACGGCAAGUUGGAGAAGGAUGGCCUCCUGAAAAAACUUGAAGAACAAAAACCAGAAGCAGCUGAAGCAGCAGAAGAAAGGCUUGACUACUGUCAGGACGGCUGCUCGGAUUCGGUGACAGGGCACAACGAAGAGGCCCCCGGCCAUAAUGGUGAGACCAAGCCCCCCAGGCCCGGCGGUGCCCGGGGCAGUGGCGGUGGCAGAGGUGGCGGCAGCAGCAGCAGCGAGCUCUCCACCCCGGAGAAGCCCCCCAACCCCAGGGCGGGCCCGUUCAGCAGUCGAUGGGAGACGGUGGUGGGUGAGCCCACUUCCGGCACUCCCACGACGGUGGGCUCGCUUCCCAGUUCAGAGAGCUUCCUGGGCAUGAAGGCGCGAGAGCUGUUUCGUAACAAGAGCGAGAGCCAGUGCGACGAGGAUGGCCUGACUGUCGGCAGCCUUUCCGAGACCCUAAAGACAGAGCUGGGCAAAGACUCGGGUGUGGAAGCCAGGCCCCCCCCGGCCCUCGAUGGCCCGCUGCCGCCUGCCCCAAAGCCGGACAGCGUGGGCCAGCUCUGCAUCAUGGACUACAACGAGGCCCAGCUUGAGCACAGCUAG